UUUAAGUAUACCUAUUGAAAGCGAUGAUGAGUUUGCUGAUAUUGGUCUAAGUGAUGACGAAAAUUUUGAAUUGCCCGAAUUAUUUGAAAAUGACGACCGCAUUUUAAAUGAAGCUGUAGACAAUGCUGAUAAUAUACUGAAUUAUCCCGUGUAUCUUUCUGAAGAUAAUAUAAUUAAUUUCAGUGGUUCAACGUCACAGUCCCCCAUUGUAAUUCAAAUCCCAUCAGAUUUACAAUCUUUGCCAACAGGAUCUGUUUCACCAGCUUCGUCAUUUGUUUCACAAAUACCUAUUAGUAAAAACCGUAGAUCCACAAGAAAACUACUUGCUUCUAAUACUCCUAAAACAAAAAAUAUACCAAAAAUAAAAAAGUUGGACCCGAUUUGGAGAAAAGGAAAUUUUUCACAGAAUCCCGAGUUUAUAAAAUUUGUUGGGGAAAAACCAAUGCCUGACGAAAUAAAAGAAAUGACAUCACCAAGAGAAUUUUUUUGUUAUUUUUUUGAUAAUAAAUUAUUAGCACAUAUUGCCGAACAGUCUACGCUUUAUAGUACUCAACAAAAUCCUGAAAAACCAAAUAAAAUAACGAUAAACGACGUACGACAUUUUUUGGGCAUAAUUACAAUGAUGUCAAUCGUCCAUCUACCAAAUACGAGGUCAUAUUGGUCAGAAAAUACUCAUAAUAAAAUAAUAAGAAAUUGCAUGAGUGUAAAUGUGUUUGAAAAUAUUAGGCGAAAUAUUCAUUUUAACGACAAUACUUUAGAUUUACCUAAAGAUAAUCCAAAUCGUGACAGGAUUUUUAAAGUUCGCCCACUCAUUGACACACUUAACAUAAAGUUUGGCUCUGUACCUAUCGAAGAAAACUUAUCAUUAGAUGAGCAAUUGUGUCCAACUAAAGCUGUAUCAUAUCUCAAACAGUAUCUCCCACUGAAACCUCAUAAAUGGGGUUACAAAUUAUUUGUUUUAUGUGGUGUUUCUGGCUACGGUUAUAACUUUGAAAUUUACACGGGAAAUGAAAAUAAGGAAGACGAACGAAUUAUACACGGUGAACCAGAUUUUGGAGCUACAGGCAACACUGUUGUGAGAAUGACUAGAAUAAUACCGGAAAACGUGCACCAUAAGUUAUUUUUUGAUAAUUACUAUACCUCAUUACCAGUGAUGAUAUAUCUAGAAAAAAAAGGCAUUCACACAGUUGGCACAUUUAGACGUAAUCGUUUUCCAAACGUCUGUUUGACAGAUGAUUGUAUAUUGAUGAAAAAAGAUCGUGGAUAUUCUGAAGAGUGUUUCACAGUGGUUGAAGAUGUCCCUAUUUCAGCUGUUGCAUGGAGAGACAACAAGAUAGUACACGUGUCCUCAACUUUUGUAGGCGAACUCGAAAAAAAUGUAGUGAGUAGAUUUGACAAAAAAAAAAAGACCACCGUUAAUGUACCUAGGCCAAAAAUCAUUGAAGUUUACAAUAAACAAAUGGGUGGGGUUGACCUCAUGGAUUCUAUGAUUGGGCGCUAUAGAAUAAUAAUGAGGUCUAAGAAAUGGUAUAUGAAAAUUUUUUACCAUUUGGUUGAUAUGUAGAUUGUAAACACGUGG